UCUAACUAAAUCCACACCUCUUCCUCUCUCUCCAACUAUGGCUUCAUUAAUCAACCCCACCGCCACCGCCGCAGCCGCCGCCACCCAAAAACCCCUAACGCCUCUCCCACCACGCGCCGCCGCCGCCACCGCCGCCGUGCCAGGCCGCCGGAAUUUUCUCUCCCUCUCCGCCGCCGCCCUCUUCCUAGCUCCGGCAGCCGCGCCGCCGCCGCCGGCGGCGGCGGCCGGCGACGACGAAUAUGUGAAGGAGACGGAGGAGGUGAUCAGCAAGGUGAGGGCCACCAUCAACUUGGACAAGGCCGAUCCGAACAUCGCGGCGGCGGUGGCGGAGCUCCGGGAGACGUCGAACUCGUGGGUGGCCAAGUACCGGAGGGAGAAGGCGCUGCUGGGCCGGGCCUCGUUCCGCGACAUGUACUCGGCCCUCAACGCGGUAUCGGGCCACUACAUCAGCUUCGGGCCGACGGCGCCGAUCCCGGCGAAGAGGAAGCAGAGAAUCUUGGAGGAGGUGGAGACGGCGGAGAAAGCUCUAUUGAGGGGGAGAUGAUUUUAAUUUUAAUUUUUUGUAUUAUUAUUUGUUUAUAAUAUUAUUAUGUAAUUUUAAUUUAUAUCUCGUUGAGUUUAUAAAAAGAGGGGUACAUUUGAA